AUGGCACCCGUCACAAUCCCUACCACCGACUUCAUCACUGCACCCAAUACUGUCUACGAUAUCAUCGCUCAGCCCAUGCUUAGCCCCCAGCAGGCGCACAAGGAGAGCAAUAUCACCCAUAUCAAUAAUCUGUCUGGUUCUGCAAGUUGGCUGACCAAUGGCGUCACCCCGCGCUCUGACGUUGAGAGAGGCAAGCUUCAAAUUCGUGGAUCGAUAGUGUUCGUAAGCUACUACAACAAUGCCGAGGCUGCGUUCUCUAGCUUUGUUGAGGGCGGCUGGUACUUAUCACUCGAUGAUGUUGACAUCAUCGAAAAUGGCGUCAUGCGCCUUAGCGGUCGCAUCAGGACACCAUCAUCAUUCAUGGCGUCUCUAUGA